CGAGGCAGUAACCCAAAACCGAUCCGCUUCUCCAUCAUCAGGAGGGGUAGAAGAAGCGCCUGCAGUCGUUCGAUGAGAGAUUUUGACGGUUACUACAAAUCCCUCAAUUUCUUCUACUAUCCGACGGAGCCGUACCACUGCCACGCGGUUCUUCGAUCCGGCUCCUCGAUAUCUUUGCUCUUGCCCUCGCUGUUCCUCCCUCUCUCUCUGCUCUUCCUUACCUUCACUGCUCGUUCUCGACUUCGCUCUCUCAUCCCUUCGUAAUGGCGUCUCCCGGUGAAUCAGCAAUGCUAUGGUGAUAAACUUGUUUGACUGUUUUGACAAACUGGUACAGUUAUUUCACAUGGAAGCAGAAUAUGUACUUCAGACGAAGCUAUGCAGAAUCAGGCUGAACCUCCCAGUUUGCAGGAGCAACACGAUGAUAGUGAUAGAAAAGCUCGCAUUGAGGAAGUUUGGAAGAAAAUGAACAGUGGGAUGCCCCUCAAGGACCUCAAAUCCUUAGUGAAUAAGCCCAAUUCAACUGGAAGUAUAAAGACAAAAACAACAACUCCUAGCUGGAUGUUCCGACUUGGAAUUGCACCUGCAAAGGCACCAGCUGCUACAUCAACGCUGGGAAAGAGACCAGAAAGCUCAUUUAAUGGAUCAAUGGAAGAAGCUAAGAAACUUGCAGCAGCUGCUCUUUUGGCUGCCAAGGAUGCUGGAUUAUCUACAAUUGCUGGAAGGGGAAAAGUUGAAAUCACUGAGGUACGGGACUUUGCUGGUGAGGAAAUCGAGGUUAAGAAAUUAGUUGGUGCUGACUCUGAGGCAUCUGAGAAGGCUAGAGCAUCUAGCACUCCUCCAACUGCAUUGGACACUGUUCUAGAGCAGAUAAAGAAAAAAACUAAGCUCAGUGUCCUUGAUAAGACCAAAAAGGAUUGGAAUGAGUUUAAGGAUGAGAACAAGGGUUUGGAAGAGGAGCUAGAUGCCUACAAGAAGAGCUCAAAUCAGUAUCUGGACAAGGUUUCUUUCUUAGAGAGAACUGACCUUAGAGAAUUUGAAAGAGAGAGGGAUGCUCGGCUCACAUUACAGGCGAGGAGGAGGACAGAUAUGAGAGAGGAUGAUUUGUGAUGCAUCUAUCUACUACAUAUUGAUUACUAGAAGUUUUAUUUUGUCUCCAUUAGCAACCAAAAGAAAUCAUUGGAAUCAGCAUUAAGUCUGCAAAAGGAGAGCAUGGUUUUUCUCUAUUUUCUCGGUUACAAUAGCUUUGCUUUAAUCGUCAUUAUACCUGCAGUUGUGUUGUAAGGCAACAGUUUGAAAUCCAAGGUACAACAAAGAUGACAUGCGACUGCUUGGUUGCUCUGGAACUUGUUAUAUUCAAUGGCAAAAAAUUGUGACAAA